UUGCGAUUAAAACAUGUACCAUUACGAUUAAAACAUGUACCAUCGAAAUUCAAUUUAUUUACAGAAAUACCCCUGUGAUGUGCAUCACAGCAUGCCGAAAUAGGUUCCUCAUAGGAGUAGAACUCUAACUUGAAACAAAAUCGUUAAAAACUACUCCGUACUCCGUACUAAAUAAAAAGUUUCCUUUUUCUUUACACAACGAACUACUCCGAGGUAAUAGGAAAGUAUGAUUGGAUUAGGAUUUAGUAAGGCGGCACAUAAAAGUUAAAUCCUAUUACUACAUGAUUUAGUAUUACCACGAAGCUAGCUACUCGUAUAAAUUGAUGGCAGCCUUCUUUCAACUCCAAAUCACAUCCCAUCACUUCUUCUCUUUCCUUUCAUCGAAGAAAUUAAAACCUCCCAUUAGUCCCAUAUCUCCUACAAAUCUCAUUAAUUAGCUUUCCCUAAAACCCAGUAACAAUGCACAAGAUUUUAAUCCUUUUCACCUUAUUUAUCCUCACCAGUAACAAUUUCAUCAUCCAGACCGAAGCUCAGUUAUUCCGCUUUAUUCCAAGAUUCAAUGUACCUGGGCUUCACAUUCCUGGUUUUCAACGUGUGCCACACGGAAGACAAUACCAUCGUCUUCCCCUCGGACACCGCGCCGUUGGACCGGAGUCUGUCGCGUUCGAUUGCGACGGAGAUGGUCCGUACGUCGGAGUUUCAGAUGGGCGGGUACUAAAGUGGCAAGGCUCAUCACUCGGUUGGACUGUUUUCGCAGUAACACAUCCGGACAGGUCUGAUUCGUGUGACGGGCUAAACGACUCACCUGCAGAAGACAACUGUGGCAGACCACUCGGUUUAAGAUUCGACACCAAAACAUGCAACUUAUACAUUGCCGAUUCCAGUGUCGGAUUGGUCACGGUUGGCCGUAAAGGCGGUGUCGCCACCUCACUUUCCACCCGCGCAGAAGGGAUCCCCUUCCACUUCCUUAACGCACUCGACAUUGAUUCCGACACCGGCGAUGUUUACUUCACCGAUUCGAGUUCCCGUUUUCGUCGAUGGGAAUUUCGAUCAAUUGACAGGAAUGAUCGAACUGGAAGACUGCUAAAGUAUAACAGGAAGACGAAACACACAACUGUUCUUCUCAAAGGUCUUUCGUUUGCAAACGGUGUUGCAUUGAGCAAGAAUAAAGACUUCGUUCUAGUUGCGGAAACAACAUUCUAUCGAAUUCAGAAGUACUGGCUUACCGGUCCUAAAGCCGGAACCGUUGAACUGUUUCUCCAACUUGCUGGACGACCGGACAAUAUUAACAGGAAUUCAAACGGAGAGUUUUGGAUAUCGCAGAAUCCGGCAAAGCCUGUCAAAGUUAGCGAAGACGGAGUUAUUCUAGAAACAUUAGAUGCUCGUUCUAUUGUUGAUGCUAGUGAUGUUACAGAAAUCAACAAUAAUUUGUGGAUAGGUUCGGUUAUUCAAGGUUACAUUAUCCACACUAGUUAAAUUUUUUGUAAGUUGAAUUCUGGUGAAGUUAAGUAUCAAUUUUCUUAUCCAAAGUUAAGUAGUAUGUUACUUCCAAAAUUGUAAUACUUUUCUCGUUUUGAAUAAUUCUAUGAUAUUAAGAAUUUCCA